UGCAUAACAACUUCCUGGGUCAACUUGUACGUGCCAAAAGUGACAGUAGCAACGUUCAGUCGGCAGAAAACUUUUUAUAUUUAGUUGUUUGCUUAGAAACGUGUUGUAUUGAAACAUAUUCACGAAGAGAGGCGACUUUUAAGUCACGAAAAAUGGUGUUUUACUUCACAAGUGCUGUGGUGAACCCUAACUACACGAUCUACAUGGGAAAAGACAAAUAUGAAAACGAGGAUCUGAUAAAGUACGGAUGGCCUGAGGACAUCUGGUUUCACGUGGACAAAUUAUCCUCUGCUCACGUUUAUCUGAGACUGCCAAAGGGUCAGACAAUAGAUGAUAUUCCUCCGGAGGUGCUGAUAGACUGUGCCCAGCUGGUUAAACAAAACAGUAUCCAAGGCUGUAAGAUGAACAACAUCAAUGUUGUUUACACACCGUGGGCCAACCUGAAGAAAACCGGGGACAUGGAUGUAGGACAGAUUGGCUUCUAUCGACAGAAAGAGGUAAAGAUCGUGGCAGUCGAGAAGAAAGUCAACGAGAUCGUAAACCGCUUGGAGAAAACAAAAGUGGAGCGUUUCCCUGACCUGGCGGCGGAGAAAGAGUCAAGAGACCGUGAGGAGAGGAACGAGAAGAAAGCUCAGCUACAAGAGCAGAAGAAGAAAGAGAAGGAGGAGCAGAAGAGGAAAAAAGAGAUGGAAGAACUCAGGAGCUAUUCUUCACUGAUGAAAUCUGAGAAUAUGAAAACAAAUGAGGAUGGCUACGAUUCAGAUGACUUCAUGUAAGAGGUGAACACCGGGCAGCAAGCAGACCAGAAUCCUCCUCCACCCCUCAGACCUGCCGUCAGGAUGCUCCCCUGCUGCUUUUGCUUGCUGUAACUCUGCACUGACACAGGAAAAAUAAGGAAAAAUGGAUACCUAUUUUGCUUUUGAACACUAUGGAGCAGAAAGCGAGCUGAUGAGGGACGGCGCCAGGACCUGUGCUAUGUGCUGAUUGGCUGAGACUCUGUGUCUGAUUCAAAUCGAGCUGACUGGCGUCAUUGUGAAGAGAUGACACUGUAAAAGAAAGAACAGGACAACGAGAAUGCUGAGGAUUAAUAUGAGGGGAAAACUCCCAAUGCUGAUGUAUGAUAAAAACUAGUGUGUGGGUGUGUUAAUAACCCAACACACCCUUCUGUUCCUUUACUUCAUCUUGUCAUUUUUCUGCAUGUCAGAUUUUAUUAAAUAUAUUCUAUGUAUUAGCUUAAAUCAUAGUUUUGUUGAUGAAUCAUAAUAUUCUUUCACAAAGUACCAUAAAUCAGCCGUUUAACUGCAGUGUUGACUCAGAGGAUACAUGAAGUGCUACAUUUUCUUUUCUAUGGAUACUGUCUAAACCACAAGAAAUAACUAACUUUACAACAUGAAAACAUUUUUAUGAACAGACAUAUUUAAAAAUGUAUAUUUUAUUCUUUUCAAAUGAACUUGGGGCAGGAAAUGAAUAGGAAGCAGUUGUAUUUUGAAGCAUUUCUGUGUGUUUUUUUUUUCAUUGAACAGUUAUUUCAACAGAAGAGGAUUACAGUCUGAUAUGAGAAUGAAAUUUUGUUUAUUAUACACUUUGAGAAUAAAGUUGAAAUGUCAAGAAUGAUACUGAAACACAAUUCUAAGAAGAUAGAAAUGUCAUUCUCCCCUCUCUAGUCCCUGUUUCAGACUCUAUCCACUGUCAUUCUUUUAUUAAACAAAAAAAAGGAUAAAGGCCUCUAAAUACAUUUUAAGAAUGGAAAAGUCAGGGAAAAAAAUAAAAGUUCAAGAAUAAAACAAAUACAAUUUCAGCUUUAUUCUCAACAUUUCAGUGUCAUUUAGGAAAAUCUAUUCCAAAUUUAUUCUUGAAAUUCUGUCUUUUUUCCUCCACAUUUCUACUCUUUGUAUUUUAACAUUAUGCUUGGCAUUUUGGCUUUAUUUCUGUCACUCUGCUGUAAAAGUCACUCUUCUAAUACACCUGUGGUCUGGCUUCUGCAGUUUUCACUCUUUUGAGUGAUUGGCAGAAGUCAAACUACAUUUUGAAGAGUUAAAAUACAAACUAACAGUUCAAUAAUUCUGUAUUUCCUGUAGGUAGAGUGAGUUUUAAACCUGCUGUAGCUACUCCACUCCCCCUGUUCUAUUAGAAAAAAAAUCUGCUGUGAGAAUUGCCUACAAAAAAAGCCAAACAGAAAAAGUAUACGGAGUGAUUUCAACAUGUUAAAGCUACUGUAUUUCAAGAAGGUAGUCUAUUGAUAUGAAUCUUAAAUGUACAGGAAAAUGAGUCACAUCGUUUUCAUGAAAUUACUCAGUCAGUGAGAGGAAAGAACAAACUGGUUGUAACUGGAUGAAUAGUUGGCUGUUUGGCUGGCAGCUGGUGCUUAUGGAAAGCCCUGUAGCAAGACAGAAUUGGUCAAUUAAGGUGCUUUGAUUGUAUAAAAAAUGUAAUCAAACUUCAUCAUAUUAAUGUUCGGGGAUUAUAUCUGUGACUUGGUUUGUUCACUUUUCAUGUCAAAUUGUGUCCCUGCUGUCCAGUUUAAAAAUCACUGUUUUGUAUAAUAUCUAUAAAACAAAAUGGUAGCAGCAAAUGCUUUAUAUUCAUGGGUAGUGAAUCAGAAUGUUGGGAAAAUGUUCAUUUAAGGAGAAAAGUUUGUCCUAAGCAUCUGAAAUGUAGCCUUGUUAUUAUUACUAUAUGUGCUGUCAUUUGGGAUUAAAACCAACACUUGCCUCUUUA